GAUAAAUUCUCGGCGAACCACCGGAAACGGAAGUAAACGAUCUCGACAGCCGAAGUUUGUCACACGCAUAGGGUUUUGUUUUUUUAUAUAUUAUUUUGUGUGGAAACGGAUAAUUUUUGGUGACAUAGCGAUCAAAAGAGUUUAAUAAUAAUUUAGAAUGGCCAAAGAAAAGCGACAUAGGAGACGAGAGUCCCCAGAGCGGGAACCUGAAGUCAAGAUAAAGCAGGAGAAACUGAGCCCUGGUAGGCCACAGAGAUCACGCCGCUCGAGGUCGAGAUCCAACGGCAACUCCAGUCCACAGAGGAGAAGAACGAGCAGGUCACCUGCCAGGACGAGAGACCGUUCACCGGGUGGUAGAAGGGAGACCUCCCCCGCCAGACGAAGUAGCAGAUCUCCCAGAAACAGGAGAAGUCGCAGUCCUCAUCGUGGCGGCGAUGCCAAAAUAAAGCGGGAACGGGAUGAGCAUAGAGCUGGCGGUGAUGAGCGGAGAAGACGAAACGACCAACCAGAGGAGAGGCGGAGCAGGUGGGAGACGGACAGGCCACGCGAGAGAGACCGCGGCGGAGGGAGACAACGGGAGCGAAGUGCGCUUGCGUCCCAACAAGCUGAGCGACAGCAGCACGAUGAGCGGCGCAGGGAGAACCGCCAGCGGCGCGAAGAAAACCAAGAGCAAAAUUUUGAGCAGUCUGAAGAGGGGGGCAGUGAUGCAGACGGUCCUGCUGCCGAGAAAGAGAAGCCAAACUUUGAACUUUCCGGGGCGCUUACAGAAGACACCAACACCUUCCGGGGAGUGGUGAUCAAGUACAACGAGCCACCUGAGGCACGCAUUCCAAAGCGCAGAUGGCGGUUGUACCCUUUCAAGAAUGAUGAGCCCCUUCCAGUCAUGUACAUUCACAGACAGAGUGCCUACUUGUUGGGGAGGCAAAGAAAAAUUGCUGAUAUCCCCAUUGACCACCCAUCCUGCUCCAAGCAACAUGCAGUGUUCCAGUACAGGCUGAUGGAAUUUACACGGGCGGAUGGCACCAUGGGCCGCAGGGUGAGACCUUACAUUAUUGACCUUGGUUCUGGCAACGGCACCUACCUGAACAACCAGCGCAUCGAGUCCCAGCGCUACUAUGAGCUCAAAGAAAAAGAUGUUCUGAAGUUUGGCUUCAGCAGCCGCGAGUACGUCCUACUGCACGAGUUCUCAGACACGAGCGAGGUAGACGCCAAGCAGGAGGAAGAGGACGACGAGGGUCUCGAUGAGUAAACCGCUCGCACACACUUCAUCGCCGAAAUUCGUUCAGGUUUGACAAAAAACACUGUCAACAAAACAAAAAGCCGUGUCUGCAGGAAACGGAGCAAUAAAGCGAUCCACCAAAUAUGGGACUCAAUUAAAAAAAAAUGAAAAUAUGGAACGCUCUUGUGGUUCGUUGUAUAUAUCCUGUAAUUGCAGAACUGUUGCUUAAACCUGCCACCACUGUCUCAUACAAGACAUACUAUUCUCAGGUUGUUUGUGUAAUGUCUGUGUGAUGCAUGACUGAUCCAACAUCUGACAGUGACUCGCAUUAAAGGAGUGCUCCAUGCCAGAUAAAUGUAUCUUGCUAAUCGAUAGUUAAUUAUUUUUUGGGGGUUACAGCAUCGAGUACAAACUACAGCUCAUCGUCUGUGUCCAUGCUUCAUAUUUUAGUGUAUACGACAUUACUGGAAUGUGAACUCUGGUUUCAUAUGCAUUGUUUAUUGUCUGUAAACGUUGCAGAUUUGCAGCCUGUUAAGAUAUUACUUGUUGUUUUUUCUUUUUUGUAGUGAUGGGAAAAUGGUCAACGCAGCUGUGUGUUUCCUUGCAGCACUGCAGUGUGUGUUAAAAUACUUCCCUUUUUAUUGUUUUCUGCUCAGAAGCAUUCAGUAAUUUUUCAUUUUGUACUGUAAAUAAAGACAGAAAAUUUGAAUUUUCUGAAGAGUUUUAUUGCA